AGUGGCGGACAGAAGGCUAGGCUGAGUCUGGCCCGGGCUCUGUACCACUCGGCAGACAUCUACCUCUUGGACGACCCCUUGAGUGCUGUCGACACACGUGUGGCCAAACAUAUCUAUCAAAAAUGUUGUGUUGAGUACCUGAAAGACAAGGCGACUAUUUUAGUGACGCAUAGCAUUCAGUUUCUCAAAGACGCGCAUCAAAUACUUGUGCUCAACGACGGCGAGUGUGUGGCCAUCGGGUCCUACACUCAGCUCAAAGAGGGCGGCAUUGAUCUCAUGGCAUAUCAGAGACAAACCGACGAAACAAAUUAUAGCAUAACUGUGAAAAGGAGGACAUCUGUCUCGCCAUCGAUUGUCUCAACCAUUAGUGAGGGAUCGGAUGUGACGGACGUUAGGGAAGCGGAAGAAGUGGACGAUCAGGCAGUGAACGCCGAACUCAAAAUGAUUGGUUCCGUUAAGUCUACUGUAUAUAUGGCGUACAUUAAGGCCGGCGCCGGACCACUGCUCGUAAUUCUUACCAUUAUGUUUUUGAUCGCUUCUCAAGUGCUUUAUCAGGGAAGCGUUUAUUGGUUAAGCUUAUGAACCGAUGCUCUCAUUCAGACCACUAUUAGACAGAGGUUUAGAUACUGUACUGUCAUUACGAUUGCCCACAGACUCAACACUAUCAUCGACUCCGACAAAGUGAUGGUGUUAGACGCGGGACAAGUGGUUGAGUACGACAUUCCCCACCAUUUGUUGGACACAAGCGAUGGUCUGUUCAGCAAAUUAGUCAAACAAACGGGAAAUGAAAUGUCUAUUCGAUUGAAACAAAUGGCGAAACAAUACUAUUAUCAUAAAAAUGGUAUUAAUUUUAAUAAGAAGGACAUUGAAAAUGAAGGGGAAGUGGAAAGCGAUUGUAAAGACAAUUAA